CCCCACCCCCCCCAGAGCCGUGUGCAGAUUUCAUUACAGGCAGAAAACAGACGGACGUGUUUGAACUCGGAGGAAAUUCUGGAUUAACAAAGACAAACGUUAACGCGUUGUGUUUUCCCACGGUGAAACUCUGUUGCCCUCCAUCAUGGCGGCAGCCAGCAUCUCUCGCUCUGGCUCAGCUCCCGCUGAAGCCUCGGAGGACUAUUCUCUCUACAGUAACCUGAGCGACGACGAGCUGCUGCAGCUCGCCAUCGAGCGCAGUCUGACCGACACACACCGCAGCAACGCCAACGCAACCAGCGACUCAACCAGCACAGCAGCCAACAACCCUGCUGCUGCCUCCAUGCUGUUGCACCAACCCGACAGCAGUCUGAACCCAGCGGCCAGAAAGAUCAACCAACCCAAACACAGCUCCCACAAUCCCCCUGCAGCCCAGACCACCGCACACUACAGCUCUCCGAAUCCUCCCAGUGAAAAGCCUCCUGAUCUGAAGACAUUUGAUGGGACGGUCAGUCACUUCAUGACGGGUUCUGGGAAGAAGAUGGUGGCUUAUCGCAGACCUGAUGGGGGUCUGGUCCACAUCGCUCAGGAGUCUGAAGAGGAGGAGGAGCCUCUGUUCAAAGCGAUCCGCGUUGGCGAUGUGAGCAAAGUGAAAGCUUUAGCCCUGCGUCCAGGAACCAACCUGAUGCUGCCGAGUAAACCGGGCUGGCUCGCCAUUCACCAGGCGGCGUGGUUCGGUCAGGACACCUGUCUCAGAGUCCUGCUGUCAGCUCAGCCGGGGAUGAUCAACAAGCGAACGGAGCGCGGGGAGUCCGCGCUGCUGGUCGCUGUGAGCAGAGACCACAUGCGAUGCGUUCACAUGCUGCUGGAAAAUGGAGCUGACCCAGACAUCGCAAAUUACGACAAAGAGACUCCGCUCUACAGAGCCUGUGAGAGAAACAGUGCUGCGAUGGUGGCGAUGCUGUUGAACCACGGAGCUUCAGUGAACACUCACUGUAUUCAGGGAUGGACGGCGCUGCAGGAAGCUGUGGUUCGAAACAACGUGGAGAUCUGUGAGAUGCUGAUGAAGGCCGGAGCCAAACACAACCUCACCAACAAGUACGGCCUCUCACCGCUGUUCAGCGCGGCUCAGAACGGGCAGCUCGCCAGCCUGCGCUUCCUCCUCAAACAUGGUGCAGAUGUAAACAGCCAGGCUGCUGAUGGAGCCACCGCUCUGUACGAAGCUGCUAAAAACGGACACGAGGAAAUCGUGGAGCUUCUCCUCUCACAAAACGCUGAUGCCAACAAACCCGGAAAGACCGGAUUAUUACCACUUCACAUUGCUGCCCAGAGAGGAAGUGACACCAUCGUGUCCAUGUUGAUCCCAGCCACCAGUAAGGCCAGAGUCCGGAGGACCGGCAUCAGCCCACUCCACGUAGCGGCCGAGCGUAACCGGGACGAGGUGCUGGAGACUCUGAUUGACGCGGGCUUCGACGUCAACGCCCAGCUGUCUGAAGAACAAUCAAAGCUGUACGAAGACCGCCGCAGCACGGCGCUCUACUUCUCCGUCAUCAACAACAACAUCGAGGCUGUGCGCAUGCUGCUGGCGGCCGGCGCCGACCCAAACCUGGAUAUAUUCAAGCCACUGAUGGUGGCGGCGAGACAGGGCUGCAUCCAGACCGUCACCCUACUGGUGGAGCACGGAGCUGACAUCAACGCCUGCAUCCCCACCCACCCGACCACCUUCCCCGCCGUCUACAUGUUCUCCAUGAAGUAUUUGCCCAUGUUCAAGUACCUGCUGGACCACGGAGGCCACGCCCUCUCCUGCUUUGACUGUGUCUAUGGAAACCAACCACAUCCGCCAAUCAAAACCUCCCGAUCAGAGAGAGAUGAGCUCCGCUACAGCAACAGAGAACUGGCAGAGACUCCGCUGAGGAGAGGCGUUCAGUUCUGUGAGAUGAUCUCAGCCCCCAGUAUCAGUCGGUGGGCGGGGCCAAUCAUUGAUGUCCUAUUGGACUAUGUUGGUCAUGUGACUCUCUGCUCCAGACUGAUGGAACACCUGGACAGCUACGCCGACUGGAGCAUCAUCAAGGAGAAAGCAACUCCCCCGCGGCCUCUGAUGCAGCUCUGCAGGCUGCGAAUUCUGCAGCUGGUUGAACGUCGACGUGUGAAGAAGUUACCGCUGCCUGGAGGUUUGAUCCGUUUCCUGCAGCACCAGGAGGAAAUGUUCGACGACUGCUGAGCUGCAGCUGAUACUCACCCAGUUUAUCCAGUUUACUGGAGGACACGAGGACCCUGCAGAGCGUUGGAGUCGUUUCAAACUCAGAGUUUUCGAAUCACUGAGUGAAUUACAGCGUUUCCACAUGUUUUCAGGGACAAACUGAAGCUGACUUA